AUGUCUCAGCCGCAAUACCAGAUCCACAUCCAAAACUACAACUUCGACAAGACCAAGCUUACCAAGAGUAUCCGCCCAAAGAUCUACAACGAUGUCGUCUCCGCCAACAGUGCUGCCCAUGAUUUGCUCCAACAUCUCCGCAGUGAGGACGAAGUGGUGCGAGUUGUCAAGAUCAAAGAAGAAGGCAUGAAGGUCCACGCAACGGUCAAUGUCAAGAAUCAAGAAGACGUCUUCUCGUGGGCAGAGGUUAUUAGGAUGGAAGAAGGCACUCCGAUGGAUCAAGAAGUGGAGCAGUGA